AUGGAAACCGAGACCAGCCUGACAGCCCCGCCGAACACACCCGAAAAAAACCCUUACGAGGGUGUUUGUCAACGCAAGGUCGAUGCCCAAAGUCGCAAUUUGGACCCUACUUCUUGCCAGUCCUUUUACCUGGCUCAUGAAAUAAUUGAAAUAUCUUCUGAGAGUGACGGCAAUAGUGAUGAGGCUACCGUUCCGAACAGUCCAAGAGUUAUUGAAGAAGAUAUCAACGAAGGCGACCAGCCCUCCGAUAAUGCUGCCCGUGCAGAUGCAGCCGAGGAUGAAGUCAAUGGCAAUAUCGAAAAAUCCAAAGACGGAAGCAUUGCAUACUCCAAUAGCCUUUUAGUAACUGAAUGUCUUCCGGAUGGGGAACACACCAGGUUUUCUAAUACGGCGGAGUGGCCAUUGAGCAAGUACAGUAUCAUCACCAGGAGACUUGACAGCACUGCAUGUGAAGAAUGCGGUUCUAUCGGGCAAAAGUUUGGUGAAGGGGGUCAUGUUGGCGGCAGUGAAGGAAGUAGCGAAUGCAGCAAUGGGAAACUGAAGAGAAUCUACGAUAGAUACGAAUCACCGCCCGACGAAGUUCCAGAGCAUAACCCACUAUCAAAAAGGAGAAGAACAGCAAAGCGUCUAUAA